UAAUCUUUCGGCGGCAAUGUUGGUUACUUAAUACUCACUCAUAAUACUACAUUUCAUUCAGUGUCCUAGAAUGAUUCUAAUGCCGGGGGCCCGUUAACCCAGCUGUCCAAAUCUGCAGCCGAAAAAGCAAUAAUCUACAUCACUAAUCAAAAUUUAUAAUCGAGUGUCAAUCUGAUAAACGUCCACGCUGAUAACUCUAGGAAAGAAAAAUGCCUCAGUACGAAUGCCCAAACGUUAAAUCAAUUGAUAUUGAGUUUCAAAAAGUAAAAUGUACUUUCAGUCGAUUCACAGGCUUACGAAGUAAAAAGAAGCAAAUUUUGCACGGCGUGAGUGGUUUAUUCAAAUCUGGAGAGUUAACAGCAGUGAUGGGUCCAUCUGGUUCCGGUAAAACUACAUUGCUCAACACCUUGACAGGUUUCCAAAGAAACUUCGAAGGCAAGAUCAUCUACCGGACCGAAAGCGAUGAACUAAGUUGGCAAACCUUCAAAAAGUACUCUCGAUACAUCCAACAAGAAGAUGCCCUUUUCGCUUUUUUCACUGUCCAGGAAACAAUGUCUUUCGCAGCAGAGCUUAAGAUGGAUAGGAAUCUGGAUCGCAGGACGAAACAGAAAAUAAUGGAUGAAGUAUUAAAUUCUCUGGACCUCAUAAAGACUAAAGAGACAGCUUGCGGUAAUCUAAGUGGAGGCCAAAGAAAGAGGUUUAGUAUUGCUCUAGAGCUUAUCAAUAAUCCUCUAGUAAUUUUCCUCGACGAACCAACAACUGGAUUAGAUAUUGUAGCCGCGAUGAAGUGUGCAACAGUUUUGAAAAAUUUAGCAAAGAAGAAUAGAACAAUAGUAUGUACUAUUCACCAGCCUAGCACUGCUAUUUAUGAAUUGUUUGACCAUGUCUAUCUAAUCGCGGAAGGUCGUUCCGUCUACCAAGGAGAUCCUAUGCAGAUAGUGAGCUUUUUUGGCAAUGCUGGCCUCAUCUGCCCCAAAUAUCACAAUCCUGCCGACUACGCGAUGGAGGUGAUGUGUAAUGAAUAUGGAAAUUUCAACAAAAGACUGGCGGCUGCACAAGACUCUUCUUGGAGGAAGAAUGUAAAGAUUAUAGAAGAAGAAAGAAUGAAAACUUUCAGUAUAAAUUCACCUUCGGAACUCAGACAGGCGGCGAUUAUAACCAAACGUUGUCUGAUAAGGUAUUACAAAGACUGGCUUGGGACGUUAAUUAAGUUUAUAAUUUAUACAACAGCGCCCAUGUUUAUAGGACUCACAUAUUUUGAUGCUGGUAUGGACGCUUUUAAAGUAUAUAUGAAUCUUGGAAUGAUAGUAUUGGCAGUAUUGGUUCUCUUUUAUUGCAGCAUAAUGCCCGCGACUUUAAAAUUCCCCCUUGAACUUCACAUUAUCAGGAAAGAGCACCUAAACGGCUGGUACAAGAUCAGGACCUAUUAUGUCUGCUUUAUCAUAAUUCAUCUAAUUGUACAGAUUACCUUCAGUAUCCUAUUUUUAGGUAUUUUGUAUGUUAUGACCAGUCAGCCACCAGAAUGGCAUAGGUUCUUCAUGUUUGUAAUUAUUAUAACUCUGGGUUCUUUAAUUGGAGAAGGUAUAGGUCUAAAUUUUGGUAUUUUGCUUUCUCCACUUGCAGGAACAUUUGCAGCAACUACAGUGGGUAUGAUAAACAUUCCUUUUUGUGGGUUUUUUAUAUUAUUUUCUCAUAUGAGUCCGUUUAUGUAUCAUGUCAGUAAACUCAUGUUUUCAAGUUACUGUAUGGAAGGCCUACUUCAUGCAAUUUAUGGAUUCAAUCGUGAAAAGCUUUACUGUCCCGACGAUCAAGAUAUCUGCUUUUUUCGAUAUCCGAAAAUUUUACUACUUGAAAUCGGGCUUAAGGAAGAGCAAAUGUUUCUAGACGCCGCGAUUUUAACUGGUCAUGUCGUCCUUCUUUUCAUUCUUGCAUAUAUUUUUCUGAAAAUGAAGGUAUCGUCGAUUUAACUUUCUCCUUUUGAUUUAGUGUUUUGUAGCUCCUUUUUUAUACAUCUAUUUAAUUUUUUUCUCUAUGAGAAUAAUUGUAAAUAGAAAUCCUUAAAGGUUUUUAUUUUCAACACUGUGAUAGAAUGCUUAGAAACUUUAAUUUGUUAUUUUAUAUAGGAAGUAAAGUAAAUGUUGUAUUGUUAUAAAAAACGAAGCGACCUCGAGGCUCGAGGAAUAUGUGAGAGAAUUAAAAAAAUUUUUUUAAAAAUACGAACUCUUAGGUGCGAAAUUGUGAAGCUUCACGUUUCUACUCUUGAAAAUAUAGUCACAAAUCAUAUAAACUUAAUCGAGUCGCAGAUCACCAUUGACCAUGAAAUUAAUUAUGCCACCUGUGGGUAUGUCUUCAACGCUUUUGAUUUUCAAAAUUUGAUGUGACACUUGAUGCCAUUUAGAAACUUAAGAUAUAAUUUAAAGAACAGAAGCGCGCUAUUGUGGGAUAAUAAAAUAAGAAAUAAAAGUGAUUUUUGGAUGCAGAAUUAGAAAUAAAUAUAGCUAAAUAAAAUAGUAGGUGAUAAUAUUAGGACUAAGUAAUUUAUACACUUUUUUUGUAUAAUGUAUAUAGGUAUACCUGCAAGGGUAUAUGUGAGAGAAUGAAUAAAAAUAUCGUACCCACGAUGAUUUUUAAUCAUC